AUGGAAACUAUCAAUCACACCAACGGCAACGCCAACGGUAACCACGUUCAUAACGCUACCAACGGGCACGGGCACGACGACCAGCCCAAAUCCAAGUCCCUCAAAGCUCGCCUUCAUGCUGGGGAAUGCCUUUAUGGCAUGUCCUUCCUGAGCUUCUCGCCCACGAUGGCUGAGAUAGCCGGGUGGGCCGGCUAUGACUUCAUCAUAAUCGACCUGGAGCACGGCUUCGGCGGCAUUUCGGAAGCCCUCCGCUGCAUCCAUGCCCUGACUUCCGCCAACACUCCCGUUAUUGUUCGCGUGCCGGAGGUUAACCACGUGUGGGUCAAGAAGGUUCUUGACCUGGGCCCUCAUGGCCUCAUCUUCCCUCUUAUCGACGGCCCAGAGACCGCCAAGAGAGCCGUGUCCUACUGCCGCUACCCGCCGGACGGAGUGCGGGGCGUGGCAACUCCUAUUGUGAGGGCGUCGAGGUUCGGAAUGGACCUCGAUUACGCGAGGGAGUACUCGAAGGACUUGCUGAUACUGUGCCAGGUGGAGACAGAGGAGGCGGUGGACAACGUGGAGGGGAUCGCCGGAGUGGAAGGAGUGGACGGCAUAAUGGUGGGGCCACUGGACCUGAGUGCGAGUGUGGGGUGCCUCUCUGACCCGAGAAAUGAGAAGGUGAGGAGGAUGAUGAGGAAGAUAGAGAGCACGGUUUUGGGGGCGAAGAGGAAGGAGGGCGGGGGACCUUACUUGGCCGGCAUGGCCUUGCCCUUCGACGGCCCCGACCAGUUCAAGAAGCGUGGCUAUCAGCUGAUUCGAGGGGCCACGGAUGUUGGGCUGUUCAAGAACGUAUGCGUGGAGGAUGUCAAAAGGUUCAAUCUCAACAGGUUGAAGACCGUUCAGGCAAAUGAUGCAAAUGCUCAAUAA